UUUUUGUCGGCCAUUUUGGAUAUUGAGAUCGUUUCGAGACGAUAGUAAUAGAGAAAAAAAGGCGAUAUUUUCUACCUAAAAGCUCAAUAUUGCGAGCAAAUUGUUUACAUUAUAGCAUGGUUCUUUAUUUUUCCAUUAGGAAUACAUAGCACCAUGGCAGACAAACGAAAGCUCCAAGGUGAAAUAGACAGGUGCUUAAAGAAAGUCAGUGAAGGCGUAGAGACAUUUGAAGACAUCUGGCAAAAGGUGCAACAUGCGACAAACACCAACCAAAAAGAGAAAUAUGAAGCAGAUCUCAAAAAAGAAAUCAAGAAGCUUCAGCGGCUUAGGGAUCAGAUAAAAACAUGGGUAGCGUCAAAUGAUAUAAAAGACAAAAGAAUACUUCUUGAAAAUAGAAAACUUAUAGAAACGCAAAUGGAAAGGUUUAAAGUGGUGGAAAGAGAAACAAAGACCAAAGCGUACUCAAAGGAAGGCCUUGGAUUAGCAACAAAGGUGGACCCAGCACAGCGAGAAAGAGACGAAACGAAUCACUGGUUACAGCAAUCCAUAGAAGCACUUAAUAUACAAAUAGAUCAUUUUGAAAGUGAUAUAGAAACACUGACAAACUCAACAAAAAAGAAAAAGCCAGACAAAGACAAAACAGAACGAAUAGAAGAACUACAGUUGUGGGUAGAAAAGCAUGGUACACAUGUGAAGAAUUUAGAAACAUUAAUGAGGAUGCUAGACAAUAAUAAUGUAGAAGUAGAUCAGAUAAAGAACAUCAAAGAAGAUAUAGAGUAUUACAUAGAUGAAUCACAAAAUCCGGACUUUCAAGAGAAUGAGUUUAUCUAUGAUGAUCUUGACCUUGAAGAUAUGGGAAUGUAUAAUGCAAAUACGAUGGCAACGUCACCUGAUGAAGAUUCAUUGCUAAUGGAUGAAAUGCCUGUAUCACCUACGAGUAGUUCACCAGUACCAAGUCCUAGUGUUAAUAACCAUUCCAAAGAUGAUGAUGUUGGGUCGGUAGUCUUAAAGAAAAGAAAUAAAUCAGGGGAUUCAAUCGAUAUUUCAUCGCCGAGGAAAAACUCAAAGAGUAAUUCAAUUGCUUCACCAAUUUCAAGUCCAGUUCAGCAAGUUGUCCGUCCAACACCAACGAGGACAACAACUGUACCACCGGCGUCAAUAAUUACUGCGACAACACAAAAUAAUAGGAGUGCUAAUAAUAAUAAACAAAACAGUAUGGUGCCUCAAUCAGGACUAAGCAAUCAUACUGUAGCUACCCCACCUCCAGGACCAGCCUAUGCAGUUGCAGCAGGAGCACAGCAAAAUAGUAAUUUGCAAGGUUCAAGUACGACAACAUCAACCACAACUACACCUGCUCAGCCUAGAUCUCCUCAACCAGUAUCACAUGUCCAUCAUCUUCAACAACAGCAGCAGCAGCAGCAGCAGCAGCAGCAGCAGCAACAACAACAACAACAACUACCGCCACCAUCAUCAACUACCCCUCCAGUACCCACACUGCAACAACAACAACAACAGCAACAACAGCUGCCUCCUUCCUUGAAUAGUAAACAACAAAGAACUACUGAAAAUGGACCACUUCAAGGUGUUGUAAAUUAUAGCUCAGCUCCCUCAGAAAACUCAUUGAACUCUGUAGACAUACAUACAUCGAGCAGUGCAAAUAACAAUAACAGUAGCCUAUCCAUACCUUCCACGCCAACAAGUACCACUGCCAUUGUUUCGAGUAUGCCCUCGUUACCACAUUCAGGUUCGUCAAUUGUGACAGCACUUGAUGUACCUUCGGUAGUAUCACAAAUUACAUCUGGGCAUAGCAAUACUGGUUCAUUGGUGAAUAAAACAACGACAGGAGGUGAAACACUUAUGAACGGACCAGUUAUGCAUCUCAAGGUUGACUCAGAUGAUGGAUUGUCGUCACUUAAAAGUAUGGCAGAAAAAGUUAUUGUUAGUGCAGGACUAGAAGAUCAACUACAGCAAUCAGCAGAAAAUGCAAUUCAGUUACAGUUCAAUGCAGAUGCACGAUCUUAUUUUGAAAGUGCAAAAAAUGAACUUCAACAGGUGACGCAUCCGCAAAAUACAGAAAUAACGUUACAACCUCUCUUAGGGGUAGCACCACUGGGACCACAACCACUGUCAAAAGAACAGUGUUAUCAGCAAGCAAUGCUGGAAUCUGCAUCACAUCAUCUACCACACCCGUCAGAUUCAGAAAGACUCAGGCAUUACUUGCCACGGAAUCCAUGUCCCACGCCCAGUUAUCAUCACCAGGUGAUGCCACCGCAUAUGGACUCUGUGGAGUUCUUCCAGAGGCUCUCAACUGAAACACUUUUCUUUAUCUUUUACUAUCUUGAGGUGAGUCAUGCAGUUUGGAAAAGUAACCACAUUCUGGUCAAUGGUGAUGAUAAGAUGUAUUAUUCCCCUGGAGAAGGGUGCUCUAAUCUCUCAUCUGCUGAUGCUGUUUUUUACCAUUCAUUUUAG